GUGCUUGAUGUCAACAUCACUGUCUCGUGCCAAGAUUUCGUUGGCUUUCAGUGAUCGUACUAUACUAAGCCUGAGGUACCAUCGUACGACGUUGGUUUUGAACCCCCGAGUCUGAACGUUCGAACCUCUGUCCAAUUGGCAUGCCGUUAUUUCAUGUCCUAGACCGAGAACCUCGGUCCACAGAUGAACGAUGAUACCAGCUUGGGAACGAUAACCCUUUGAAGGUAAGGAGAAGAAAGUAUUUCUCCGUCACUGGGCCCCCCACUGAUUAGCCACGUCAGUUUCGCUGAAUCUUCGCUAUUCAUACGUCGUCCUGACGCCUCGCUGGCAAGUCAAGAUGCUACUUUUAGCUCUCAAGGAUGGUAUAAAGUCGUGUGUUCGAUGAAUGUAGAACACAUUGAAACAUGAUUCAAGCAAAGAACGUGCUCUUCCUCUUCGUCGCCACUGCAGCCUUACUCGCAGACGCGAGGACCGUCUUCUCGGCCGUAUCUGUUAACGGCGUCGAUCAAGGGCACGCUGUCGGCGUUAGGGUCCCUUCAUCCAACGCCCCUAUCACCGACAUCAACAGCGACGACUUGAUAUGCAAUACGAACUUCAUACAGCCAGUUUCUGAUGACGUUAUCAAAGUCGCGGCUGGUGACCAGGUCACUGCACAAUUCCAUCACACCAGCGCAGGCUAUGUAGGACCCGACCCCUCCGACCCUCUGGAUCCUACGAACAAAGGACCAGUCUUGGCUUAUCUCGCAAGCAUUCCUGACGCUACGCAAUCAGACGUUACAGGUCUCCAAUGGUUCAAAAUAUGGCAAGAUGGAUACGAUUCUACGACCCACCAAUGGGGCUCUGACCAUCUAUUCCUUAAUGGAGGAAACGCGACGUUUACAAUUCCGAGCUGUUUAGCGUCCGGAAACUAUUUGUUAAGGGCGGAAUCCAUCAAUCUCUUAGACGCCACGUUUUACCCCGGUGCCCAAUUUUUCAUGAGCUGCGCACAACUUUCCAUCUCUGGCAGUACUUCCUUUGCUAGUCCGGCCACAGUCAGCUUCCCUGGCGCAUACACUAGUAAAUUCUUCAACCCGUAUGUGAAGUACCAGCACUCAACCUGUAUUCUAGUCGCAGAUCCGGGCAUUAUCACGUCUGUUUUCGGUCUCACGAGCUAUACUCCCCCAGGUAUGAAAUCUGCAACUCUAAAUCUUAUGUAUUAUUCCUAAGGACGUCUAUCCUAAAGGUCCGGAUGUCUUCACUUGUUGAUCAAUGAGGUUACUGUUGCUCGAGUUUUGCAAAAUGCAUUACAACCGAUGUCAUUCUGUACAAAAAUAUAGUUAAUUUCAG